GUGUUAACUGACUAACUGAGAAACAGAGUGACGAGAGAAUUAAAGAGACACUUGCCAGAAGAACAAAUCUCUCAAGUGGGACGGGACCCACCGCAUGUCCCUUUCUUCAUUCUCCUUCGUCUUCGUCUUCUUCGUCUUCGUCUUCGUCUUCACUUCCGCCAUGAGAAAAACCUGCACACACGCCUGAAAAACCAAAUCAUCCUCAUCAUCUUCUGAUCUAAUGUCUACCGACACUAUCCCUUCCCUCUCAUCUCCACCGGCGCCGGAGUUUCCUUCCACCACACCAGACACGGCGACGUCACCAGCUCCGUCUCAGCCAUCCAUCAUCGGACCUUCUUCGUUGGCUCCGUUUCCGGAGACAACAACAAACAUUGAUGGAGGCUCGAGAAAUGUAGCAUUAACUGGACUUAUUACUGGAGUAGUUCUCGGAGCUACGUUUGUCCUACUCGGAGUUUGUAUCUUUGUCUGUUUCUAUAAAAGAAAGAAGAGGAAGUUAAAGAAGAAGAAGAAAGAAGAUAUCGAAGCUUCUAUUAACAGAGACUCACUAGAUCCCAAAGAUGAUAGCAAUAAUCUUCAGCAAUGGAGUUCAUCAGAGAUUGGACAAAACUUGUUUACAUAUGAAGAUUUGUCUAAAGCAACUAGUAACUUCUCCAACACUAACCUUCUUGGACAAGGUGGGUUUGGUUAUGUUCAUAGAGGAGUUCUUGUUGAUGGAACUUUGGUUGCUAUUAAGCAGCUUAAAUCUGGAAGUGGACAAGGUGAACGAGAGUUUCAAGCUGAGAUACAGACUAUUAGUAGAGUUCAUCAUAGGCAUCUUGUUUCUCUUCUUGGUUAUUGUAUCACUGGUGCUCAAAGAUUGCUUGUUUAUGAGUUUGUGCCUAAUAAGACUCUCGAAUUUCAUUUACACGAGAAAGAGAGACCGGUAAUGGAGUGGUCAAAGAGGAUGAAGAUUGCUUUGGGUGCAGCUAAAGGAUUGGCAUACUUACAUGAAGAUUGUAAUCCUAAGACAAUACACCGCGAUGUCAAGGCUGCAAAUAUUCUAAUUGACGAUAGCUAUGAGGCGAAGUUAGCAGAUUUUGGACUUGCCAGGUCUUCUUUAGACACUGAUACUCAUGUCUCCACUCGGAUUAUGGGAACCUUCGGUUACUUGGCUCCUGAAUAUGCUUCUUCAGGGAAACUUACUGAGAAAUCAGAUGUCUUCUCAAUUGGAGUGGUGCUUCUUGAACUGAUAACCGGACGCCGUCCUGUUGAUAAAUCACAGCCUUUUGCUGAUGAUGAUAGCAUCGUUGAUUGGGUUGGUUAUCUUGUUUCCCUUACCACCACUUUUAAUAAGCUUUUAAACUUUACCUCAUGCUCUAGGCAAAACCUCUGAUGAUACAAGCGUUAAACGAUGGAAACUUUGACGGUCUUGUUGACCCGCGGUUAGAGAAUGAUUUUGAUAUCAACGAAAUGACGAGAAUGGUUGCUUGCGCUGCUGCUAGUGUCCGUCAUUCAGCUAAACGUCGCCCAAAAAUGAGCCAGAUAGUUCGAGCAUUCGAAGGAAAUAUAUCUAUAGAUGACCUAACAGAAGGAGCUGCCCCAGGACAAAGUACUAUUUACAGCUUAGACGGGAGCUCAGAUUAUAGCUCAACACAAUACAAAGAAGACUUGAAGAAAUUCAAGAAAAUGGCGUUCGAAAGCAAAACAUUUGGUAGCAGCGAAUGCAGUGGUUUGACUAGCGACAAUGGUCAGAACCCAUCAGGCUCGUCUAGUAUCACCGAAGGCCAACGUACAACGCAGGAGAUCGAACCGGAGAAGAAUACCAAGGACACAUGAACUUUAAACAGAGGAUUCUUGGUAAUAGUUAAGUCUUAUCAUUUUGGGGUAGGACCCGUAGGUUUAGGUGUAAAACACAUUAUUCAUUAGACGCGCUUUCACUUUUAAUUAUUUCCAUGUGUGGCUCUAAUCGAAACUGUCAUGAGCCUGAUAUUGCACGUGAAUAUUAUUUGUUGGAGAUUUUUUUGAGUUUGGUGUGAAGAUAUUAAAUUAGAUUCAAUCAAAGACUUUAUGAUUCUUAAUUAUUUUUUGGCCGUGAUAUAUUAUUUGAGUGGAAAGUUAUUUUUAACAUCUUUGAUUCUUUUUUUAAAGCAUGUUUUCUUUUGUUAUCCAUGCAACUUUGAAGAAAUUGUUUUUUUUUUUGCAAAUGAAAUCCCAUAUAUAUAUUAACCGAUUUUAGAUUCAGAGAAAUAAUAUUUUUAUAAGCAUGG